AUGGAAGACGCCCAAGCAUUUUACAAGGCAUAUACAAGACAGAAAGGUUUUGCAAUUCGGACAAAUCAUACUCGAUUGUCGAAAGAUGACAAAAAACUCUAUGCAGUAGACUAUAUUUGCGCAAGGGAAGGAUUUCGACGGGUAAGUCAAAAACAAAAAGAACGAACAGUUCCUGAGAUUGCCGAGACAAAGAUUGGAUGUAAAGCAAUUAUGGGAGUAAAAAAACUUGGUGAAAAGUGGAUAGUGAAUAAGUUUGUGGUUAGACAUAACCAUGUUCUACUUAAACUGAGGAGUGCUAGUUUGCACCGUGGAAAUAUGAAGGUUACUAAAGUCCAAAAAAAACUUAUCAUGACUUUGAAUGAGUUCGGUGUAUCGACAAGAAAGAUUAUGUCAGUGUUGAAUAAAGAAUCAGGUGGUGACUUCAAUGUUGGUUGUAUUGGCAAGGAUGUUGAAAAUUACUUGAGAAACAAAAAGAGAAAAGUAUUUGAAGAGGGGGAUGCACAAAUGUUAUAUUCUUACUUUCUUGAGCGACAACUAACAGAACUUAGGUUUGUGUACUCCAUGCAAGUUGAUAAGGAUGGGUGUAUGGGAAGUUAUUUUUUGGCUGAUACGCGAUCAAGAGCUACAUAUCAGUAUUUUGAAGAUGUUGUUAUAUUUGAUGCCACAUACCUAACCAAUGUGUAUAAGACGCCAUUUGUGCCAUUUUCUGGAGUUAACCAUCAUCAUCAGAUCAUAAUGUUUGGUUGUGCCUUAUUAGUUAAUGAAAUAGAUGAAUUAUAUACAUAG